CCUUGUCAGGCUUAAGGAGAAUAGGAAGCAGAGCUGUUCUGUGAAAAAAGCAUUGUAAAAACAACCAAUUACCAUGAAUUUAUAGAUUAUUAAUCAUUUUAGCUGUAAUAUUAUUCCGACUUAAAAGAAAUGGUGAAGUCUAAGAAAAGCAAAGGAUUAGCAGAAAACACUGCGAAUGUUAACAUACAGAACAGCGCCGAAGCUGAAAGCGAAAAUGAAGGUGAGUCUGAAGUUGCAACACUACAACGCUGCUGCACUUUUCUUGAAGGUAAUAAACAAGCAUAUGAACGGGAAACACAUGAGAAAAUCAGGAAACAGGAAAAGCUAAUUAAACAACUUGAGCAAGAGAGACGGGAUAUUGUAUUAAAUCUAGAGGGAGUGAGGGGCCACAGAAAUGAGAAGCAUAAGGAGAAGAUCGAAGAAGCUUUAAACUCUCUGAUUGAAAAAGGAGAUGAUAUUGACACGAAAAUAAUGCAAGAAACGAAGAAACAUGCAAGACUCGAUAAGGAGAUUAAAGAACUUGAAGCAAAGCUUGACAAGGAAAGGAAGAUUUUAGCAGAAAAACAAGACCCUGUCAACAAAAUCAGAAAACUAAGAAACCAUGAUGCUCAGGCAUCAGGAAAAUAUAACACAUUCAUAUCCACCAAUUCCAAACUUCGAGAAGAAAUUGAGACACUCAGAGGGGAGAAAGAAAAGUUUCAGCAACUCUACAAAAAGAUUCAAAAGGAGCUUGAAAAAAUUCGGAAGGAAUGUGUGAAAGUUACUCAGGAGGCAAAUGAAGCCCAUCAUAUAAGAGAAGAGGCUCAAGCUAAAAUUGUGAGAGUUGCCGAGCAAACGACGAAUGACCUUGACCAGUACACCACAGAGUUAAGUGAAAUUCAAAGAGAGCUGAAACACUCUGGGAGAGUUGAACGGUUUCUUCAAGAGAAAACAAAACACAGAGAACCAGAUGCAGAGUUUCUGGCUGCAAAGAAAAAAAGAGAGUCCAAAAAGCAAGAGCAGAAAAUUGAAAAUAAGAUUACUCUAAAUAAAUAUGAAGAAGCUGUGGAGAGGAUAAAUGAAAUAAUUGAAAAAAGUGCAAAAAAGAUGUACAUAAAAAAACACAGACGAAGUAGACUGGAUAGUAAAUAUAUUGUUGAAGGAACUUCAGAAGAUGAUCGCAGGCGUCUCUGGGAUAUAGCAAGCAGAAGGAAGUCAACAUUGCAAGGCUUUUACUUUAAAGAUACCAUUGGGGAAUAUGAUCCAGAAAGAAAAGUGAGAAGACCAACCGAACACAGACGUAAAUCUACAAUGUUGGGAACAAGCUAUGAAGAACAAGAGAGGCUAAAAGAAAUUAUGAAGAGAACUUUGGAGAACCAGGCUAAGACAGAUGAAAAACCUACUUUGGAUUUUGAUCCUGAUCUGUUUUACAAUGUUUAUAUGGAAAGGGAAGACCAGAAUUUUGCACUUUUUAACUUUGUCACAGAGCAGAUGAAUGAAAUUGAAAAUGUUCAAGAGCACAUUGAGGAGCUGAAACUGAAUAUUGCAAUCUUAAAAAACAAAGAUUUCAAUGAGAAUGAAGAACAUAAGAUCAUCAUGGCAGAAGUUGAACAGAAAUUGAAACAAGCCACAGAGGCUAAAAACAAGUUUAAAGCAGACAUUAAAAAGAAAGAAAAGACUAUAGAUUGCAUCAGAACAGGGGUUGAGGAUUUAAUGAAGAAGCUUGGAAUUGAGCAUUCAGUUUCCUCAGUCUCCUUAGGAUGGAAGGAUGGUACACAAAAUCAGAACAUCAGUGUUCUUCUUGGAAUUAUUGAACAAAGAGCAAGCGAACUUCUAACUUCAACUUUCUACUUGAAGUACCAGGACUCAGUCAGAAGUGACCAAAGCACACUUCCAAAAUAUCUACAUAUCAAUGAUCCACCAGUAUUACAAGAUUAUGAUGUCCAUCUUCCUUCCACAAGUGAGGAAGAAGAGGACAGUAAGGAAGACAUACGACCCUUGUCUAAAACAGAAUUGCAACUAAAAGCAUUAAAAUCAAUCCAGACCAAAGAAGGAAGAUCUACAGACAAGUUAGGAAAACCCUUCAGUGAAAAACUGAGCAAGCCUAAAGCCAACUAAAUCUUUAAUGUCUUACCAUAUCUCAAAAGGGACAAUGUUAUAUGAUGCUGCAAGUUUUUCAUUUUUUCUUAAUGAAAUGAUAUCUGUAGUUUUUUAUUUCCAUAUGAAAGCAAUACCAGUUGUGACAUGUUACAUGUUGUGUGCAUAGACAUGAUUUUUCAUAUUUUAUAUUGUCAGAAAUAGAGUACAUUGUCUUGAAGAAUUCAAUCACAGUCUUUUGCUUUUGAAACAGUACUGACAUCAGUUUUGAAGCUGGUUUGGUUGCACAAACUAACAGAAUAAUUUAUUUGCAACUGACACUGAAAUAUGUUUUGCAUUUUCUGCUGACUUUUCAGAAAUUGCAAAGGAAGAGUUGCCAAACCUAACUGGACUUGAACAUGUUGAGACUUUAAAACAGAGGAUUAGCUUUUUAAUUGCUAAAAAAUAUUUCUUAUGUAAUACAGCUAUUGAAAAAAUUACUUUAACGCUACUACAAUGUCCUUACUUCUAUAGCUGGCACCUCAAC